AUGGAGGAGAAAGGUGAUUAUAGAGGAAGCAUCGCGAGCAGCCUUGGCAGGGUGGCGAGCAGUGCGACGAGGCUGACAAGUCGGUUCAGCAACCUGUUUCGGGACAGUGUAGCGGCGGGGAACACUCCUAGAGACAGCUUCAGUGGCAUGAUGGGAUGGAGAGCUGGCGGGGAUGCUGGCAGCAACGCCACUGCAGGCGGCAGGAACAGCAGCGUGAGCUGGGUCAUCAAGGCCCGGGACUCCGCCGCUUCUGCUGCUGCCACUGCUGCGUCAGCUGCAGCUGCAGCGGCUGCGUCUCUGGCGGCUGCUUCAGCUGCGAGCAUGGCAGGGCAGCGGGUGGCGAGGCUGGAGAGUAAGGAACUGGAGGGCUGUGGUAGUGAUGAGGACGAGGAGACGGAGCAGGAUGAGAGCUCCAAGGUCCAAUUGGAACCACAGCUGCUCUUCAAGUUCCCCCCUGGCAAAAAGCUCGCUCUCUCUCCAUCGGAUCUGCCAGGAUUCUGCUUUCCCAAUGGUAUCAAGGCAUACCAGCGCUCUGACAACUCUGCAUUUGUCUUUCUUCUCAAGGUGGCCAACAACGAAACACUGUACGGGGUGUGCAUGGUGGUGGAGGAGAUAGUGCAGCGCCCACCAGGCGUGCUUGCAGUGGCAGGCGACGGGGCCGUGUGGAGAGAUGCUGAUGACGCCGACGCAGCCACGCACACGCAGGGAAGCCGAGAAAUGGCGCCAGAGGAGGCGGCCGAUGGUGGCGUUGGGGAAUAUGGGGUCGGUGCGGGGGGUGGGUUGCGGUGUGUGGUGACGGCGCCGCGGUGCUACUGCAUCUUGAGCCGUGUGCCCUGCAUUGAGCUGCACUUUGAAGUGCUCCGCAGCAUCGGCGCUUCUCUUCAUCUUCCCUCCAUGAGCAGUCGCACUGAUGCUAUGGCUGCUGCUGCUCGUAGGCUUGGCAAUGCCUCGGGUGGUGCUGUUGGUGGCUGCUGCGGUGGUGCGAUUGCCAGUGGGGGUGUUGGUGGCGCUGCUGCUGGUGGGGGUUCCAAGAGCAGAGGUGGGUUGGUCAGGGUGAAGAGUAGGUUCUGUGAGGAGGACGUGGGCGCAUGCAGGGCGCAGGGAGGGCAGGAAGGAGAGGCACAACAAGCGGGAGUAGCAGGACGUGAAUUUGAGGGGAGGGGAGACUUGGAAGAGGCGAGGGGGGUUUGCAGACCGGAAGCCAGAAGGCAGGGGGUUGCGGCACAUGAACAUUAUCCAGUGCAAGGGGCAGAGCAUGGGAGCUUUUGCAGUGAAUACGAUGGGGAAGGAGUGGGAGUGCCGGGGCGGGAUGAGGGUUGGGGGGAGCAUGAGGGGAGGGAGGGAGAAGGCGAAGGGGCUGAAAAGACUGAAGGGGAUGAGGGUGGAGAGAGGGGAGCGUGGCAGUCGACCGUCAUCCCUCUCGCGUAUCUGCAGCAGCUGCACUUGAACGCAGCAGCAACCUCUGAUCGUGCUCUUGCUUGUACCAUCAGCAGCAGCAGCAGCAACGCCGUAGAGGGGGGAGAAAGAAGGCCUGAAUUUGAAGCGGCAGCAGGCUGUGGCAGUGGCGUAUUGAAUGUCACGUUCGCAGCAGGCAAGGGGGAAUCCGGGCGGAAGGGGGAGCGGGGCGCAGGACCCCCCGGAAUGAUCCGCGCGCGGAGCGUCCGGCUGCCAGGCAGCGGAACCGGCGGUUUGCGCAACGCCUUCCCUGGUGCCCCAGCUGUAGCGGAACCCGACAGCUCUACUGAUAGCGAGACGGGCUUUAACGAGGACAGCUCUGAAGCGAGCGGAAGCGGAGCGGAAGUGGCGGGCGGAGAGGAGACAUGCGCGCAGGUUUGGGCUCCGGACGGGGGGGAGAGUGCCGGGAAUGGGGCGGAAGGGGAGGAGUCAGGCGCGGGGAUUUGGGGCUCAGGCGGGGAAGCGCAUGCGGGAAAAGGGGCAGAUGGGGAGGCUCUUGCGCGGAAGGAAACAGAGGCGGAGGGGGAAGCAAUCGGGCCUUUAGAAGGAAGACGACGGGGGACUGGAGAAGGGAAUGGGGGGGAGGAGUGCAGCAGCAGCGAGCGCGGGAGUGGCAGGAGCAGCGGCAGCAGUAUCAGCAGCAAUUUGAGACCUAUGGAUUGGUCGCGGCGAAUGCAGAGGAGCACGUCGCUUGCGGGCAAGGUGAAGAAAGCGUGGAUGAGCGUGGGCGAUGGACGAGGGUUCGAGGCGCGCACGCCCAGCGGAAAUCUCCCCGCGGCUAACGAGUUGAGCUGUAACGCGGACGGCAGCGCGAGUGGCCGGGCACAUGGGCAAGGAAGCGCGGAGCAUUGGGCGAGGUGGCGAGAGUGGGAGGAGUGGGGGUGCGAGUCCCCGGCGAGGAGAGCACGGGGAGAGAGCGCGAGGCAGGGAGGCAAGGCAACGAGCGGCAGCGUCUUCGCGGGGCUGCCGGGACUGUUCCGCAACCUCACGACCACUGGCGCUAGCCGCAGCAGCAGUCGAAACAGCUACCAGUGGCUGGAAGAAUGCGCUGCCCUGGCUGCUUGGGAGGUUGGCGGGGGUCGGGCAGGGAGGGCGGACGGGGGGAGCAGCGCAGGCAGGGCGGGCGGAGACGGCAGGGCAGGUGGGGGGGACAGUGGGGACGAGCGGACAGGGGGAGGGGAUGCUGUAGGGUGGCGGGUGAGGGGUGAGAGAGUGGGAGUGGCGGUGGGAGUCGACGGCCUGGAGGAGGGAGGGAUGGAUGAAGAAGAGGCGAAGGGGGAGGUUGUCGGGGGCGAGUGUGGGGCAGGGCAUGCAGGAGGGUGGUGUGUGUGUGAGGAGGGCAGUGCGGGCGUGGAGCAUGCGGGAUAUGUAGAGGUGCGCCAAGUGAGUGGGGUUAAGGCCAGGCUGGACGAAGGCAAGAGGGAAGGGGUUGGGGAGGCGGAGAUGGCGCGGGAAGUGGGGGAGGGGGAGCAGGGGGAUGCGAGUGCAGGGGAGGACAGUGUGGAGCAGGAGGAGAGGCAGAUGGUGUGGGAGAUGGGGGGGCAUGCACAAACAGGCGGGGACUAUGGGGCGGCUGCUGUGGAAGAAUGGGCUCAGGUGAGUGCGUGA